AAUGUGUUUCAAAAAUUUGUUUCCAGUUAAUAAUAUGCUCUUGCAUUAAAUUUUUUGACAGCAUUGUUGGAAGUUUUCAAGUGCAGAUGAUUUGCUUUUAUUAUUGUUUCAUAUCAGUAUAAAUGCAUUCAACCAUAAAAAUUCAGAUAUGUUCUCUGAGAAUCUUAAACAGACAAUUCUGGCUGGAAUGUACUCUUCUGCUAAGAUUCGAAAUGAAUAUUUGCAGAAUAAUAGUUUUAUUUUGCAAGCUGCUAAUGCGCUUCAUAACAGUAUACUUUCUAUAAAAAGUUGUGAAGAAGCAUCAGAGAUAUUGCAACAUAGUUCAUUUUUGCUUUCAUCAAUGGAUGAGGCUAUGUCUCUUCACAAACCAGAUAUUCAUUAUGCAGCUCUUGUUUUAAGUGAGCUUCUAGAAUCAAUUUUGCCUUCAGAAGAAGAGUGGAAUAAAAUGAAACAUAAUCGAACAUUGACUUUGAUGCCAUCCAUUUUGAAAGGAAAAGUCUUUUACCCGUUGGACAAAGAUGAAAGUACAUACUGCAGUAGCAAUGAGGAUCAGUCCCUGCUUUUUGCAUCUGAAGUGAUAUCAAGCAUAUUUGUUAAUCUAAUAGAAAAUUCGAGUUCUCAAGAAAGUGAAGCAUUUUUUGAACAGUAUGUAAUGAAGCAUACUUCUGAACUUCUGUGGUGUUUAAGUUUUGCCAGUGAAAAUGAGAUGGAAACUCAUGUUGAUAAGCUUAGCACAAAUUGCUGCAAAAUUCUAUCAUUUUUGCCUGUAGAGAAAGUUCAGGAACUUGUAAAUAUUCUCUUUUAUAGGUCCUUGGAUGAAGGAAUAUACUGGGCACUACCCUUUCAAUGUCUUCUUCAAAUCCUGCAAACAGUUUGUUCUCAUUUUUUUCCUCAGUUUCCAGAAAUGAUCUGUAAAGCAAAUGAGCAUGACAGUGACAAUAAGUAUGUAACUAUUCAAAUACUUUUGUGCUAUACUGAGCAAAGACAAAAAAUUUGUCAUCUGUCACAUUUGUUACAAGAGCUUUCAAAAAUGGAGACUGAAUCAACAGUUGGAAUUUUAGGUGAAAUUUCACAACUUUGUUGUUGUUUACUGGGAGUUGAAUUUAUUCCUGUAGAAACACGAAGUUUAUUAGUUGAUACAUUUAACAAGAUAGUGAACUUGAAGUUUGUUGAGGAUGAAAAAUUUCUCCAUUCAAUGCAAAUGACAGCAAUUUUGUCUUCUAUUUUAAAAUGCGACUCAAGUCUUAUAAACAUGGGAGACUUAAAUUUCUUUGUUGACCAUCUAAUUUCACUUUUAAAAGGUGCUAAAGAUUGGAAAUAUGAAAAGCCUAUGGAUCUACUAUUCUUGCAACAUUUAAGUUCUGUAUUUAUUGUAAUAUCAUCAUAUAUAUUUAUGGAUAAAGAGAAGAGUCCUGCAACUGGCUUGGAGCUGACUUCAGACAUAUGGAAGCAUGCUGAAAAUGAAAAUAUAUAUCAAGAAUUCAUCUUUUUUAUUCUUCAUGUUGCAGUUGUAAUCAAGAAGAUGAAUCUCUCAUCAAGAGUAUAUAAAGCUGUUGUCAGUAAAUUAUUGGAGGCUGUGAAAUUUAUUCCAGAGAAAUAUCUUUCAGAUGUGCUUCUGGAUCAUAGUUUAGAAAGCGUUGAAUUUCAAGGAAAAGACAUUGAAGAUAUUAAUGCUUUAGACUGUCUUAUUUCAUGUCUUGCAUCUAAUGUUCGAGAGCUUCAGCUUGCUUCUCAUGUAAUGUUAAUGAAGGUUAUGCCUGUGCUGCCUACUUUAAUAUCAAAUGCACAGAAAACCGAGGAAGAUGAAGACAGUGAAUAUGAGGCAAAAAUACCAAAUAAAUUAUCAUCACUUAUUCAGUUACUGAAUUUUACAAAUGAAGUUGUGCAGAGUAUGCUAUCUGAUAUUAGAAUUGGUGAUUGUUGUACAGUCUUACCAUAUACAGAUUCGUACACUUUUGCCAUGGCAUAUCUCUUGGCAUGGCUAGAAAUACUGGAAUUCAUUUCCUCAUCUCCAUCUCAGAUUCGCUCUGAGUAUGCUGCACAUCUUGAAGAAAAUAAAUUGUUGUCUUGUCUUUUUUCCAAUGUGUUUUGUCUAAUGCCAGAUAAUCCGUUGGCUGUUAUGCAGACAGAUCCAACUCCAACUAAAAAAGGCUUGAAAUCUCUUUUCCUACAUCCUCCAAGCCUUACUUCAGGUGAUCCAUCAUCUAAAGAAAUACAAAUCUUUGCAUGUUAUGUUUUUGCAACUGCACUUAGGAGAGUUCCUGCUUCUGUCAGAACAUGGUGGAACAAUUUAGACAAAAGAUCUGCUGACCUUGUUAACAGAUUUACAUCAAAGUAUAUAAGUGGAAUUCUUUGUGCUGAGGAAAUUCAAGCAGUACAUGACAAUGAAGUGAAAUUUGAAAACAUGAUAGUUAGAGCCAGACCUGGAUCAAGAGAAGUGAUUGCCACUUACACUAUUGAUGAUUCUGCUAUAGAAUUGAGUGUACAGCUUCCAGCUAAUUAUCCACUUGGACCUAUAUCUGCAGACCGAAGGGGGAAAAUAGUCGUUGCAGUACAAGAAUGGAGAAACUGGUUAAUGCAACUGACUACAGUCCUGACAUACCAGAAUGGUUCUAUUUUGGAUGGUUUAACUAUCUGGAAAAAGAAUUUGGACAAAAAGUUUGAAGGAGUGGAAGAAUGCAUGGUCUGCUACUACAUUUUACAUAGUUCUUCUCUGAAGCUGCCAAAACUUUCAUGCCAUGUGUGCAGGAAAAAGUUCCAUUCUGCAUGCCUGUACAAAUGGUUUCGUACAAGCAACAACUUUACCUGUCCCUUGUGUAGAAAUGAAUUUGCUAUGUAAUACUAGUAUGCAUAAAAUAUUUUAUAAAUCAAACUCAACAAUGAUUGAUGUGUACAUAAAAUGCUCUUUGAUUUUAAUGUGUUCAAACAAAGAAACUGUAAUUAUCAUACUGUUUAAUAAAUAUUCUUAUAUAUAAAA